AUGUCGCUGCAGCACUCAACGCCGCAGUCGCUGCCCGAGGACUACGCUAUCGUGUCGCACUUCAACGAGGACGUUAGCCAGGCUAACCUUCCUCCCAUCACCCACGAAGAAGCUGGGCCUUCCCAUCCGCGAGCUAUCCCAAUCAGACGAACCUCAGGUCAGCGAACGAUGUCCAACGUCUCCGAGCGUACCCCGCUCCUCCAGCAAAGCCCACCCAUACCCUGCAUCCACGAAGCUGUCGAUGAGAACGGCUACACCGAAGCCGAGGCCGUUGACGCGUCGCCUUCAUCCAAAAUAUUCCGCGAGGAACUAGGCAUCCUCACUCGCUAUUCACUUCCAGUCUUCGCCACACAUCUCUUCGAGUACUCCUUCAUCUUUGCAUCCGUCGUCUCCAUAGGGCAUUUGUCCACUCUUGCCCUGGCUGCUGCCACUCUCGGCAGUAUGACAGCCUCCGUUACAGGCUAUAGCAUCGUGCAGGGUCUCGCCUCCACUCUUGAUACGCUCCUUCCCCCUGCGUGGACGUCGGACACGCCACACAUGGUCGGUCUUUGGACCCAGAGAAUGGUUCUUAUGACCUCAUUUGCGCUCGUCCCCAUACUUUUCAUCUGGUUCAAUGCUGAGCCGGUUCUUCUGCUGCUCAAGCAGGACCCCGAAGUAGCACACCUCGCUGGUGUUUACCUGAAACACGCAUCGUGGGGCCUUCCUGCGUAUACCUUUAAUUGCAUAUCCAGGCAAAUUACGUUCCCUGCAGGGCGGUAUUUCCAGUCACAAGGGCUUUUUACCGUUCCGACAAGAAUCAUUGUCGUCGUUGCACCUAUCAAUGCUUUCCUGAAUUGGUUCUUCGUGUACCCGCUCGGAUUGUCUUUCCCAGGCGCCCCGAUUGCAACUGCUCUGUCCUUCAAUCUUGUUUCGCUUGCAUCUAUCGUUUAUGCCUAUUUCUUGCUCCCGCGCACUGCCUGGUGCCCGAUUGGACCUGGCAUAUGGCGCGGGUGGGGCGCACUCCUCCGAUUGGGUAUCGCAGGAGUCGGCCAAACUGCAUCCGAAUGGUGGAGCUGGGAACUCACUGGAUGUCCCGUUCCGCUUGCAGCGCAGUCCGUGCUUCUCCUAUCGGCUUCAUGCACGUAUCAGGCGCCUUUUGCAUUGAGUGUUGCAACGUCGGUACGGAUCGGCAACCUACUUGGUCAGGGUAAAUCGCGUCGGGCUGGCCUUGUCGCGAACACUUCGUUGUUUUUGGCUGUUGUCAUGGCUGGUGUUUGGAGCACUCUCUUCCUUGUGUUCCGUAAUAAGUGGGGGUACCUCUUCAACGAUGACCCUGAUGUUGUCCACCUCGUAUCUUCCAUUCUCCCGAUCGCUGGGCUCUUCCAGGUGUUUGACGGCACGAGCGCCAUCGCCGGUGGAAUCUUUAGGGCAAGGGGUAUGCAAAUGAUGGGUGCGUUGUUAAACUUGAGUGCAUAUUACGUCCUUGGUAUCCCGCUGGGUCUCCUACUCGCUUUCCACUUCGGAUACGGCUUGUCUGGGCUUUGGUACGGGCUGACCGCUGCGCUGGUGUAUGGUUCUGGAGUUGGAGUGUGGCUCGGUGUCUUCAGGGCAGAUUGGGACUCUGAGGUUGACAAGGCCAGGGGAAGGGUUGGAGUGAAAGGGAGCGGUGAGGAGGUUUACUAG